AUGUCUGAAGAAGCUGUUUCCCAAACGGAUGCACAGCCCGUUCAAUUUAGAAUCAUUGUCGGUUCCUACGAGCACAAUGUGUUAUGUCUCUCUCUUAUCUUGAACGGCCAAACUCCGGUCUUUCAGCCGAUCUUCCACUUUCAGGCGCACACUUUGUCCAUCCAGGCCAUGGACAUUGCCAGGAGGUAUUUGGUAACCGGCAGUAAUGACGAGCAGAUCAAAAUCUAUGAUUUACAAAAGCGAAAAGAAUUGGGGACCUUGUUAGAGCACGUGGGCUCCGUCACCUCCUUGACCUUCUCCAACGAGGGUGCCACCUUGGACGAGGCCAACAAGAACCAGGUGAUCAACUCCACCAGCGGUAAGACUGGGAAAUGGCUCUUGUCCGGGUCCGCCGAUGGGAAGAUUGUCAUCUGGCGCACCAAGGACUGGGAAGUCUUUGGCCAGUUAAAGGGCCACAAGGAGCGCAUCAACGACAUUGCGAUUCACCCAUCCGGAAGAGUCGCCAUCUCCGUCUCCGACGAUAAAACCAUCCGUUUAUGGAACUUGAUGACCGCCAAGAAGGCUGCUGUAUUGAAGAUGAAGGGCAGAGACACCUUGGGCGAGUCUGGGCAGUACGUUAAGUGGUCGCUCGACGGGAAGCACUUCUUAGUCGGCUUGGUUAACAAGAUUUUGUUGUAUACCACCGCCACCGCCAAAAUCGCUAAGAAGAUCAAGUUCACCCAGAAGAUCAUGCACUUUGACACCUACAAGAUUGACGACACAGAGUACGUCGUGGUUGGCUUGGGCAACGGUGCGCUCGAGUUCUACAAGAUCGAAAACCUCUUGAGAGACGCUGAGGACGAGGAGCAGGAGGAAGAAGACAUCGAUACCGUUUCCUUCGAGCCGGAAUUCACCUUGCUCGGGCACACCAACAGAAUCAAGAACUUUUCCAUCAUCUACUUCAAGCUGUCCGGCAAACAGUUCUUGACCUCUGUCUCGUCUGACGGUAAGAUUGUCGUGUGGGACUUGGCCUUGAGAGACCAGGUCGCCGUCUACGACACCGGCGAGAGAUUAACCACCGUGUCGUUGGCCCCUGAGUCUGUUGAGAGAUUCGACACCAUGAAGAGAAGACUCGAGGAGGCCGCUGAUAUCGACGACGACAGUGAAAACGAGACCGACGGUGAGGAAUUGAAGAAGAUGAUCAAGAACAAGAAGAAGAAGACCAAGAAGGCUAAAAAGACUCAGGUCAGCGUUCUGUUAGAGUAG